AUGUCGAAGAAGAUUGCAGAAUUGGAAAAAAUUCUGCAAAAAAUCAAUAAUGCCACAAAUGAAGUUAUAAUUGAGAUGAAUAAUCGAGUGGAUGAUUUAAAUCGAGAUUGGCAAGAACGAUUACGGAAUGAAAAUAUAAAAUGGGAAAGUGAUAUUCAUACAUCAAACAAAUAUUGCGAUAAUAGACCAAUAGAAACUCAAAAUUUACAAGAUAUUAACAAAGUGAUAUGGCGAACAGAACGACGUCUUAUUGAGUUAACCGAUCGUCUAGCACCAAUUCAAAAAAUGGAGCAAAAAUUGGAAGAAAUUAUUGAAGUAUUGAAAAAUGCUCCAUGUUAUCAUCAGUCAACGUCCAUUGCUACGAAUGACUUGCAUAUCUCAGAGAGUGAAAGUGUUAAUACAGCAAAGACAGCACAAAAUAUGCAAGAGGAAAGUGUUACAAAAGCUCCUAACUUUUAUGGAGUUGUUGAAAUCGCUGCAAAUUAUUCUAUGGUUAUUGGCUAUUUCAUUUUAAAAUGA